AUGUGUGCUGCUGUUGCCAAGCCUGCUCCUCCUCCUGAAGACACUGCUGCCGAGAAACUUCUUCCUGGCGAGCACACUCUGCCUGCCUCCUGGUGGACGUCCCAGAAAGUGCUUGAUUAUGAGAAAAAAGCCAUCUUUGCCAAGUCGUGGCUGUUUGUGACCCACCAACAGCGCUUCAAAAAGGCCGGCGACUACUUCUCGUACUCUUUCCUUGGGUGGAACUUUUUCCUGAUCAAGACCAAGGCCGGCCAGAUCAAGGCGUUCCACAACGUUUGCAGACACAGAGCUUAUCCUGUUGUGAGAAAAGAAAAAGGCUCGUCGAUCGUCCUUGGUUGCAAAUACCACGGCUGGUCGUACAACACAGACGGCAUGUUGACCAAGGCUCCGCACUUCAACGAGGUGGAAGGGUUCGAUCCAAAGGCCAACUCGCUGUUUGAGAUCAAAACCCACACCACCAAACAGGGCCUCGUGUUUAUCAACUUUGACAACACCGAGAACUUCACUCCGUUCGAGGAGUUCUUUGCCGGACUCGAGGAAGAAAUGAACGAGUACGACUUCGACGACUAUGAGUACCACAUGUCGUACGAGCUGGACGGCCAGUUCAACUGGAAAACGCUCAUGGACGGCUACCAGGAGUGCUACCAUUGUCCAACUGCACACCCUGGCUUGAGUGUUGCGUUCAAAAUGGAGACCUAUAAGGUGGUUCCAAAGGGCAACUAUUGCAGACACUAUGCGCGGAUCGUGGACGAGCAGAUCGAGGAGACUCCCGAGGAAGCUGACCCGGACACGGAGUCGUCGUGGUUUGGGUUCGGCAAGAAGAAGACCCCGGCGCAGCCUAAAAAGACCAAAGAGAACCCUGGAGGAUCUUUCAACGGUCUGUGGUGCUAUCUGUUCCCAACCAACGGCGUGAACUGCUAUUCGCCGGCUUUCUACUCCAUCAGAGUCCUGCCAAUCACCCCGUCCAGAACCAUCCUCCAGUACGACAUCUACACCAAGAAGGGCUUGGCCGAUGAUAAGAAGAAGGAGUUUGUUGAUUUCUUGCAGCAAGUCGAGCUCGAGGACUUCAACUUGUGCGUGCAGACCCAGAAGAACCUCAACCAGGGCAUCUAUUCCACAGGCUAUCUCCACCCGCUCAAGGAGCGCGGAGUGCUCCAUUACCAGGGAAUUGUCAAAAACAUGGUCAAGGCACAUUUCGACUUGGAACAGGCAGCAGGCCACGAAAUCAACCCGGCCAGAAUCGGCGGCAAGCCAAACUCCCCAGAGGCCCAGGAACUUGAAGAACUGUGCUCCAAGAUCGAGUGCAAAGGCUCCAACCCAGAAUCUCUGGGCGAGCUCGAAUGGUGA